GCCCGGAAGUGCGCGCGCACCGGCGAGAUGGUGGCGGCGGGCGUCCCACUGGGGGUCCUGCUCCGCCUCUGCCGCGUGCUGUUGUUCCUCUCCCAGUUCUACAUCUUGUCGGGCGGGGGAUCCUUAAAUUUAGAGCAGUCGCAGCCGCUGGCUCAGUCAAUAAAGGAUCCGGGCCCAACACGUACUUUCACAGUAGUUCCCAGGGCAGCAGAAAGUACUGAUAUCCCACCUUAUGUGAUGAAGUGUCCAAGUAAUGGUUUGUGUAGCAGACUUCCUGCAGACUGUGUAGAAUGCAGGACAAAUUACUCCUGUGUCUAUGGGAAGCCUGUCACUUUUGACUGCACAGUCAAACCUUCCGUUACCUGUGUUGAUCAAGACUUCAAAUCCCAAAAGAACUUCGUCAUCAACAUGACUUGCAGGUUUUGCUGGCAGCUUCCAGAAACCGAUUAUGAGUGUUCCAACUCCACCAGCUGCAUGACCGUGUCCUGUCCUCGGCAACGCUACACUGCCAACUGCACGGUGCGGGACCACAUUCACUGCUUGGGUAACCGUACUUUUCCAAAAAUGCUAUACUGCAACUGGACUGGAGGUUAUAAGUGGUCUACUGCUCUGGCUCUGAGCAUCACCCUCGGGGGGUUUGGCGCUGACCGUUUCUACCUGGGUCAGUGGCGGGAAGGCCUUGGCAAGCUCUUCAGCUUCGGCGGCCUGGGGAUAUGGACGCUGAUAGACGUCUUGCUGAUUGGCGUUGGCUACGUGGGACCAGCAGAUGGCUCCUUGUACAUUUAGCUGCGGCUCUGAGCUUCAGAGGAGCAGUGCUUCCCAGUCUCUUUGCCUGUAGGAGUUGAUGUGCUGUGAGUAAUGUAUUUGUAUGUUUUUAAUGUACAGCAUCUGUACUUUGCCUGCCUUGAUAAAGGUAAAAUAAUAAAAAAAACAAAACAAAACACCGUA